GGCCCCAGAGUGCACUGCGGGCUCCCGUGUGUGUGCGCGCGCGUGCGCGGGGCUCCAUUGCUGAGACCGCGGGAAAAUUCCAAAAAGUCUAAACAAAACAAAAAGCCAAAACGAGGCAAAGUCAAAUUGUAAAGCCACAGAACCCCGGCUUCCUUUCUGCCACUGCCCAAACUGCGGAAGCAGCUCUGGCGUGGACCACCCGAUUUGAUAUGUGCCCACGGUUUCCUUCAUUGUUCGGCAGGCUGCUGUGAAGGAACACCACCUUUUCCCUUUUUCCAAGAUGGCUCAAGAUUCAGUAGAUCUUUCUUCUGAUUAUCAGUUUUGGAUGGGGAAGCUUUCUGUAUGGGACCAGGCCUCCACUUUGGAAAGCCAGCAGGACACCUGUCUUCAUCUGCCUCAGUUCCAGGAGUUCCUAAGGAAGUUGUAUGGAGCCUUAAAAGAGAUGGAUUUUAAUACAGUCAUUGAAAGAUUCCCCACCAUUGGUCAACUGUUGGCAAAAUCUUGCUGGAAUUCUUUUAUUUUAGCAUAUGAUGAAAGCCAAAAAAUUCUAAUAUGUUGCUUAUGUUGUCUGAUUAACAAAGAACCACAGAAUUCUGAAGAAUCAAAACUUAACUCCUGGAUACAGAGUUUAAUAUCUCAUAUACUUUCAGCAUUCAGAUUUGAUAAAAAAGAAGUUGGUCGUUUCACUCAAGGUCUUGGGUAUGCUCCUGUAGAUUACUAUCCUGGUUUGCUUAAAAAUAUGGUUUUAUCAUUAGCGUCUGAACUCAGAGAGAAUCAUCUUGAUGGAUUUAACACUCAAAGGCGAAUGGCUCCUGAACGAGUAACAUCCCUGUCACGAGUUUGUGUCCCUCUUGUUACUCUGCCAGAUGUUGAACCCCUGGUGGAGGCUCUGCUCACCUGCCAUGGACAUGAAGAUCAGGAAAUCCUCUGGCCUGAGUUCUUUGAUGCUGUAAAUGAGGCAUUUUUGCAGAAGAAGAUUUCUCUCCCCACGUCAGCUAUAGUCUGCCUGUGGCUUCGGCACCUUCCCAGCCUUGAAAAGGCAGUGCUGCAUCUUUUUGAAAAGCUAAUCUCCAGUGAGAGAAAUUGUCUGAGAAGGAUCGAAUGCUUUAUAAAAGAUUCAUCGCUGCCUCAAGCAGCCUGCCACCCUGCCAUAUUUUGGAUUGUCGAUGAGAUGUUCAGGUACGCACUCCUGGAAACGGAUGGAGCUCCAGAAGUACUAGCCGCUGUUCAAGUGUUUACACAAUGCUUUGUAGAAGCUCUGGAAAAAGAAAACAAGCAGCUGAAAUUUUCACUCAAGACCUACUUUCCUUAUGCUUCUCCAUCUCUUGCCAUGGUGCUGCUGCAAAACCCUACAGAUAUCCCACAGGGACACUGGCACCAGCCACUGAAGCACAUUUCUGAACUGCUCAGAAAAAUUGUUGAAGACCAGACUUGUGGGGCCUGUACUCACUCACAGUACCUGGCUUUAAAAACUUACAUGUCCUCAGCCCUCAUGGGGUUUCCUUUGAAUGUCCCGAGAUGGGUUCAGAGUGGCAUUCAGACAGACUUCCUGAGUCUAACUUGUGUUCCUCGCUGGUUGUACUUCAGUGGGUCCUGUGGAGGCCCCUUUGAGAGUUGGUUUUUGUUCGCUCACUUUGGAGGAUGGGCCAAUACGGCGAUCGAGCAGUUACUGAUGUCAGAAGCUGAACCCCCUGCGGCCCUGCUGUGGCUCUUGGCAUUCUACUACAGCCCAUGUGAUGGGAGUCAGCAGAGAGCACAGACCAUGGUGGAGGUGAGGGCAGUGCUCGGCUGCCUGCUGAGGCUGUCCAGAAGGGCCACCCUCUCAGCCAGGGACCUGCUGGCGGCAGCGGGCGAGGGCAGAGACGCGGACGCCGGACCAGGCGCAUCAGCCCUCAUCAGGCGCCUCCUGCUCACCUUCCUGCUCCGGGUUCCUGGAGGCCGCGCGAUUGCCCGGGACGCCGUGGCGCUGAUGGCACACACUGAUGAAAUAACCCAUGAGAUUAUUGGCUUUCUUGACCAGACCUUGUACAGAUGGGAUCGUCUUGGCAUUGAAGCCCCUGGAGCAGGAGAACUGGCCAAAGAGCUCCUUCAAGAACUGCAUGCUCAAGUCCAGCAAAGAAUGUAGACCAGGUGGGUGCCACGUGUGGCAUCAGCCUCGGCAAGGCCGUGGGAUAAUUGAUGAGACCCCUUUUCAUGGGCACCAGUGUGUGAAGUGCCCUCUUUGAGCUGUGGGAGUGAGCCGUGCACAGCGGUGGUAGUACACAUCUUACAGAAUCUGAAGGCAGGUGCUUCAUCCCAAACUUAGUCACAUUUAUUCCUUAAUGACUGGAGUAUGCCUUCCCUGCCCGGACAAGGAGUCAACUAGAGAAUUAUUAAAGGAAAAGGAGAACACAUGUUUAUUUCCAUUUUUAGCUACAUCAAGCCAAAAUGCACUAUUAUUUGAGUGAUUCAAAGUGUUUGGACCAUGAAAUUGGUCAUGGACCACUCAAUAAUUUAGAGAGUAACUGAGUCCUUCCCACAAAUCUAUUUUUUUAGGAGUUAGGAGAUCAUUAUUGGUAUUUCUUUUAGUCAACAGGGAUCUGAGAUAAAACCACACUGUUUUGCUUCCCUAAGAAAUUCCUCACCCAGGAGAGUCAGAUCCCUCAGUUUCCCCUGGCUGCUCCCAACCUACCCUCCAAACUGAGGGAAAACAGCACGGCCAGGCCCAGUGGCAAGUGGUGGUGGCAGGGCCACCAGGGGACCCUGCUGUGGAGGCUACACUGGGUAGCAGUGACAGAAACCAGCGCUUAUGCUUGCUCCUUGCUUUGUGUUUGCUAAACACGGCCUGCUCCUAGAGAGCUCACGCUCCUGAUGUCAAAGGUCGCCGAGGGUGAGGGUGUGGGAUGUGUAUAGAAACAUUAGAAGAUUUUGUUACACCAGUUGUCCUGUUACACCAGAAUGAGAACUGGAAAUUCCUGAUAAAGAAUUGUAACCCCAAGGUUAAUAUUUAUUUUAUGUCAGUUGAAGAUAUUCUUAUUUCCUUUCAGAUUUACUCUGAACUUGUACCGAUUGCAUAUUCUUUUGUGCAUAUUCUAUUUGUCGAGUGAGUCAAGACUUUGUCCAUUUUGAUUUAUAUGUUAGUGGUCUGAAUCUUGGCUCCUGUUGAGGUAUUAAUAAAGCUUUGUGGGAUCAGAGGUUAGCCUUAGGGGAAUUACUUGCUUUGGUGUAGAGUAAUACUAAUGGAUCCACCUGAAGAUCUGGAAAAUUCUAAGAACUUUUGACCUGAGCCUUUCUUUUGAGAAAUACAGUAUGAAAGGUGUACUGUUAAUAUAUUUUCGUCACAACCACUACAAUUACCAUUACUUUCACAUGAAAAUGCUUCAUCAAAAUGUAUAGGAGUUGGCAUAGGAAAUAAUUUCAUUUGGAGUUGAGGACAUCUCUUCUGUUUUGACUCUGAACCGUAGCUAUUGUUCUGCCAUGGAAACUGUGAUCCACCUCUGUGGACAUGGAAAAAGGGGCUCAAUUUGGUGGCAGUGAGCAGCCCCUAAAGAG